AUCAACUUAUACAGUAUGGGAGCUGUCGAACAAGCAGUAGAUUCUGCCGCAAACUUCAUUGGCCCAUUUGUAGACGCGGGCGCAAGACAAGCUGCUCAGCAUAGUGGCGAAGAGAAUCUCGACAACGCGGCACUGGUACGAGAAGCCAUAGGGCACCUGCAAGCCAUCAAUACCGCAGAUCUCGCCGCAGAUCCAGAUGCACCUUACGAUGCGUCUCUUGCUGGGGUCGUAUAUGGGUUGCUGGAUCUCACCACAUCGCUUGGCAUCCUUCCACACCUAUCCUCUGGUGUUGCGUUCAGUCAGCGUCCGCGAUCCGUUCUGAUAGCAACAUUCACAGUUUCGCGUCAAGACAAAGAACAUCUGUCCGAUGUUGUAACUCCUCUGCUUGAAAUCUUGGGUCAAGGAGAAGGCACUGGACUGCAGCCGCUCAUGGCGCAGCGGUCUCUGCCUGAUUUUAUCUCUGCGCUUGCAGAGCUUGCUUUCUCCCCACAGCAGACCGUGGGAACCCACUCUAGUUUCGAGCCCGCCUACAGUGAUUUGCUCGCUCGGACACCCACCUCUCGUCUGUUGCCAAUACUCACAACGUUCCUCCAGCAGCCACUCCCGGAUUGGCUGAAGCCGCGGAUGAGCAAAGAGCUUGCUACUGUACCUGUCCGGACCCACGGGGUCAGACAUGUCAUCGAGUUCCUUUCUUUGUCCUAUCUCUCCAAGAAUUCGCAGGUUCCACAAGACGCAUCCGGUCCUCAGUCACGGAUACCGAUACCUUUAGAAGCCGUCACACAAGCAUCCAAGCUAUUGACCUCGCCUCCCAGCGGGACGAGUCAAGUUGAGUGGAUUCAGAAGCUGGCGCCCCAGUUGUGGAAUCUCCUUGACGGAAGUGAGGGUCGAGAACUUAGCAGAGCUGCAGGCCAAGUCAUCGCGGGAGGCAUUCUCAGCAAGAAAAGCACGGGUGCGCCUGGCGCAAUCGGAUGGCUGCUAUUCGUCCUGCCGAUAAUGGAAGCGAUCUAUCCCAAGGAUAUGUCAGUCGCAGUAGUACGGAGCAGUACCAGAGACAAGGUGCUCAAGCAGGAUCAAGAAGUACUUCUCGCUCUGCAGCGGCUGGCUGUCAUCACAACUUCGUACUCCCACGCUGGGCUCAUCAAAAGGCUCAUUGGUCCUUUGCUACUACCCCUCUGGGCCCUGCUCAACUACGCCCGGUCCAAACGACCACUCGACAAAGCUUGGAGUGAGCUGCCACGCAGUGUCAUUGCGAGAUACGUGAGCACUGCCUGCGACCCGAAGCAGGUAGACACCCUUGCGACCAACCUGUUCUGGGACGGCCCUCGUGAGUGGACUCUGGGACCAGGGGCCAAGGGGGGCGUCGAGUAUCGAAUGCGUCGAACUGGUGGCCAUUGUGAUGAAGCGGGUAUGGAGUCUAUCCUUUCACGUAUCAGCGACCUUACUGGGCGUAUCGAUCUUCUUGUUUCUCUACUUGCCAAUGCCAAGGUAUCGGAUGAUGUCGCAGGUCAGGUCUUCCUACAAGUGACCAAACGCUGGCUGAAUCCCAACAAUAACGCAAAUGCCUCGCUGCUCAUCGAAUCCGACGACGAUCCCCUUGCGGCUCUGACAGACGCUAAGCUCUCAGAAGCACUGGCGAACAAGUUCAAAGACAGCUUCGCAAGAUCACCGCAACAUAUCAUCGAGCUCAUGGAUCAGCUGCUCCAGAAUUACGUAUCUGACCAUCGAGCGAAAGCCAAGCGUCAAGCAAGGUCUCAGAAACCCAGCAGAGCGAACUUGGGAAGCAUAGUGGCAUCCAAACCUAGGGACUAUCAACAGCACGGUGAAAAAGACACAGCGGAGGAUGACAUUGCUUCUUUCGCAAUCGGAGUCCUUAGCACGGUGGUCACGACCUCCGAGUUUCAGCGAACAACGGCAAUCGAUGAUCUGCUUUUGCAAGUCACGACGCACCUUCAAUAUCUGGCCCACGGGCACCAGUUCCCGAUCCCACCGGCCAUCACGAACGCAGCCCACAACCUCCUCCAAGCCCUGGCACCCUCAGGCCUGACUUCAAAAGCGUCUGAUGACGACCCUGUCGCGUCUCACCGAGCGACACUUCAAGCAGCGCUCCAAGACCUCACCUCCCCCGAAGCUCCAAACCGCACAUGGGCGCUCCACACGCUGCACACGCUGAUCAAAGAUGCCUCCUCGCUGCCAGUCAUCAACGUCCCAUCAACGACCUACAUGCUCCUCACCGCCUCCCUCGCAGACCCCGAGUCCUACGUGCACGGCGCCGCACUCCCCGUCCUCGUGUCCCUCGCCCUCGCCGCACCGCAUCCCACCAUCAGGAUCCUCGUCGACGCCUUCCAGGACGUGGACGAGCGCAGCCUCUCGCAUACCAAGGGCCGCACGACCGAAGAAACCGAGCGCGCGCUACAGGAGAGUGUCGACUACAGACUGCGGCUCGGCGAAGUGCUCUCCACAGUCCUCCUGUCCUCCGACUUCUGGCACGCCAACCCCGAUCGCGACGUCAAGCACGCCGCCAUCACACACAUGGCCUCGGCCUGCCUGGCGCUCGCCUCGCGCCGCGGCCAGCGCACGCAGACGCACAAGCGCCGCCAGGCCGUCUCGCUGCACAUGGCGGCCCAGCGAGAAGAAGCAGAAACGGCCUGGGGCGGCCCGAUCCCCAACAUCCUCGAGCCGGACGGCGCGGGCCCGGGCGCAGACCGAGACGAGUACGAAGCGCUGCGCGGGAUUGUGGAGGGCUGGGAGAACACGGGGAUCGAAGAGGACGUGCGCGUGCGCGCGUCGGCGCUCAGUCUGUUCGGCACGCUGCUGGAGAAGAGGGUCGAAUUCGUGGGGCAGCGGACGGUGGACGCGGGACUGCAGAUUGCGAUGCUCGUGCUCACCAUGGAAACGGGGGAGGCGUUCUUCAUACUCCGGCGCGCGGCGGUGCUGGUCGUCAUGGGGUUGCUGCGGGCGCUGGAUCAGAGUCUGGAGGCUGCGGGCGCUGGGCCGGUGGACUUGGGCUUGCGGCAGCAGGGCGAGAUUGAGCGGGUGCUGCGGUGGGUCAGGGAUGAGGACGGGGACGAGCUCGUGCGGGACCACGCGGCGAGUGUGCUCGAGGGCGUGGACACGCUGCGGAUGAAGAAGCUGUACAGGGUUAGAGACGAGGGGGUGAGGUUGGGCGCGGAUCUGGGUCUCGCGGGUGGUCUGAGGGGGCUGAGCGUUGGGCCUGCAGGUGAUGAGGGACGCGGGAAGCGUAUGGUCGUCGAAGAGAUGGAAUAGCACAGCGCUACCUCUACAGCGCUCCUACAGCGCUCCUACAGCUCUCCAACCGACAUCGUCUCGCUCAGCUCGUCCUCCGCAUGCGCUGCGUCGCGCGCGUCACGUGGUGUGUGUAUUUGCACCGAGCCAAACCACGCAGCCGCACCACGGCGCCGAAUCAGCGCUUCGUGUCUCUCUCCCUGUGCUUUGCACAAACUUUUGAUAACCCAUAUUCACCCUCCUCCAGCCGCGCCGCUCAACCGCUCAUAGCCGUAUC